ACGCAGAUGGAAGCAAGCAUGCCAGGGCUCAACCUCCUCACGCGCCGCCAGUCGGAGCUCGCGAUCGACGUCUUCCGGAGCUUCGACCUCGCGGGCGCGCCGACGCUCACGAAGCGCGGCAAGACCAUCCACCACGUCGUGCUCCGCGUCUUUGUCCUCGCCGACGGCUUCAUCUUCUACUUCAAGUCGCCAAGUGCCACCGAGCCGAGCGGUCUCAUCCCGAUCCAGGGCUCCGAGUUCAAGAUGCACAAGUACGUCGCGGGCCACGAGAAGCUCAACAUGUGCUUUGAGCUGCGCACGCCUGUCCGCGCCUGGGGCAGCAUCGUCUUGCAUUACCAUGGCUGCACGGAAGAAAAGGCGGACGCAGUCAUUGCAACGCUCGAGGCGAGCGGCGGGAAGCGCAUUUUGGGCGAUUUUUCCGAAUUCCACGACCACCUCGAGCACCAAGCGGGGGCCCAAGAGAACCACCACGACGACGUUAAAGCCAAGGCAUCGACCUCGCCAACGCUGCCUCGGUACGACCCGCACGAAGAGGCGAUGCCGGCGCUGCAGCUGCUCUACAGCACCAAGCGCGGCCAGUCGCAGCAAAACCUCGUCGAUCUUCAAUGGAGCUCGUUGCGCGAGCAUAGCAGCCACCACCACCACAGCGACAGCGCGGGCAGUCUCAAGUGCCUCGCCGCGGCGAUUGAAAACGAUAACGCGCGCGUCGAGGCCACCCUCGACAUCUCCAACGAGCUCUGCCACGACCUCUGCACGACCGGCGAGGCAACCCGGUCGUUCGGUCAUCUCUCGCUCGGCGUACACACCCACAGCCUCGGGCGCAUCCACCAUAUGCGCAGCCGGAGCUCGUCGUCGUCGACCGCCUCGUACGCCGAGGGCGACGUCCGCAGCAAGCGGGAGUCGCUCGUCGUUAUGAGUAGCGGCGUCGACGUCAAGCCCCAUGACACGCGCGUCGUGCAGGCCAUCUCGCUGGCCGAGAGCUACUCGGGCAGCUUCUCGCUGCGGCAGUACACGCCGCUCAAGCUCAUUGGGAAAGGCGGGUUCGGCCAAGUGAUUGUGGCUCGGCACAACGAGACGCACAACCUCGUCGCCAUCAAGACGCUGAGCAAGCACGCGCUAACGGCGCAGAACCAAGUCGCGCACACCAAGGCCGAGCGCAACGUGCUCAUCAAGUGCUACAACCACCCGUUCAUCGUCAAGCUCCACGCUGCCUUCCAGACGAUCGACCAUCUGCACAUGGUGCUCGACUACUGCCCGGGCGGCGAGCUCUUCUUUCACCUCUCCAAAGUGGGGCGCUUCACCGAACCCGAGGCGGCGUUUUACGCAAGCGAGAUCUUCCUCGCACUCGACCAUUUACAUGCGCACGCGAUCAUUUACCGCGACCUCAAGCCCGAGAACGUCCUCCUCGACCGCGACGGCCAUGUUCGCCUCGCCGACUUCGGCCUCUCGAAAGAGGAUGUCUCGGGCCGGAAGCUCGCAGCCACGUUUUGCGGCUCGGCCGAGUACAUCUCGCCCGAGCUCUUGGCGCUCGCAGACGGCGCGGACGGCGGUGGGUACGACAAGGGCGUCGACAUCUGGGCCCUCGGAUGCCUCAUCUUUGAGCUCCUCACGGGCCUCCCCCCUUCUACAGCGGCAAGUGCCGGGCCGAGCUCUACGCGCGGAUUCGCGACGGCUACAUUCCGUUUCCCGACUAUCUGAGCGAAGACGCCAAGGACCUCGUGACACGCCUUCUGCACAAGGAGCCGACCCAGCGCCUCGGGUACGCGUCAUCGAGCGAGAUCAAGAACCAUGCGUUCUUUGCCGCGCAUGGGCAUGACUGGGUGACUUGCAUGCAGCGAAAGUGCGUGCCGCCGCGCCGCCCGUCGCCCGUCGACUAUAGCAAUUUUGAUGCCGCGUUCACAUCCGUGCCCCUGCACAAGGAAGCCCUCGAAGACAUGGCGGUCUUCUCCAAGCGGCCCAUCAUGGGCACCGAGUACCAGCUGUUUGACAACUACAACUGGGUGCCCGACGAGAUGCUCGCCAAGGACGACAUUGAGCUCGACUUGCGGGGUCGAGGCCUGCACUAGGACGCACUAUAGGCAAUAAGAUGAAGACGACCAGAACGGUUCUUUGGUGGUGUCGGCCAAGAGGCGGC